CUGCAACGAUGAAGGUUCUCUUGCUGCUCUCCCUCCUUGCCUGCAUCCUCGCCAUGGGACAAAGCAAAAUUUUCGAGCGAUGCAAGCUGGCUCAAAAGCUCAAGAAGAUGGGGUUAGACGGCUACGCCGGCUACAGCCUGGCUAACUGGGUGUGCACGGCCGACCAUGAAAGCAGAUACAACACAGCCGCUACGCACUACAAUGACUACGAUGGCAGCACCGACUUUGGCAUCUUCCAGAUCAACAGUCGUUACUGGUGCCAGUAUGGCUCUGAGCCCAGUUCCAACAUCUGUAAGAUUCAGUGCUCUGAACUGCUGACAGACGACAUCGCCCCAGACGUGGCUUGUGCUAAGAUUGUGGUUGACGAAUCUGAAGAUGGAAUGGGAGCCUGGGUGGCGUGGAGGUUAUACUGUCAAGGUCCGGACGUGUCUCAGUAUGUGGCAGGAUGCGGCCUGUAA